CCUCCCAAAGUGCUGGGAUUACAGGCUUGAGCCACCGCGCCCGGCCUAUUUGUCCCUUCUUUAGGACACAUAUACAACAUCUUUUACUUUAAUUAUUUCUGCCCCAAUUCAAAGAACAAUUAGAAGACUAUUAAUAAAAAAUGAAUGUGUCAGAACAGUUGAAAGAAGUUGCUUAACAAUAAUUCCUUCUAAUGAUAUAAUGAGACAGGAUUGCAGACAGGUGGCCUGCAAUUUUUUUUUUUUUAAAGUUGCCUACCGUAGUGUUUGAAGAAAAACAAUUCAAUUGGAAUGCCUGCUGAUUGGCACACACACUCUACCCCACCAGUCUCCCUGUUCCCCAUUACCUUCUACUGGUACAUCAUAUAUUUACAUUCCCUGACUGACUCUGGGUGGCACUUGAGUUUACAAGCUCCAUAUAGAGGUUACAUCAAUCAUUUGAUAUAUCAGGUGCAAGUCAUGACUCUGUCACUUUCUAGCUAGCUGUCUCAGAUUAAGAGCAAGACUUCUAAUGAUACCUUUGAAUGGCCCUUUGAGGUGGCCUUAUGCAAAUAAAUAGGUGCAGCUGACCCUUGAACAAUGUGAGGGUUAGGGGUGCCAAUCACCUGCACAGUCCAACAUCCACCUGUAACCUUUGACUCCCAAAAAGCUUAACCAAUAGUCUUCUGUUGACCUCACCAAUAACACCGUUGACUAACACAUGUUUUGUAUGUUAUAUGCACUAUAUCCUGUAUUCUCACAAUAAAGUAAGCUGGACAAAAGAAAAUGUUAUUAAGAAAAAUCAUAAGGAAGAGAACAUAUUUCAUUAUUCAUUAAGUAGAAAUAGAUCAUCAUAAAGGUCUUCACCCUCAUUGUCUUCACACUGAGUAGGCUGAGGAGGAGGAGGAAGAGGAGGGGAUGGUCUUGCAGUCUCAGAGGUGGCAGCCGCAGAAGAAAAUCUGAGAACAAGCGGAUCCAUGCAACUCAAUCCUGUAUUGUUCAAGACUCAACUGUAUAUUUUUGCAUGUGGGCUCAAAUACACACACACACAUGGCCGUGGGUCAAAGAUUCAUAGAAUAAAUUAGACAGCAAGAAUAUUUAUCAUUGAAUUGAAAUGGCUCACUGCAAAACUGCCUUCAACUUAUCUCCAGGCCUUAGAAACAGAAGUGACCCUUUGCUGCUGUGAAUCAAUAGCCUGGACUAGAUUGGGGUUGGGUUGGCCAAGGUACAUAGUCAUUGCCAUAGUCCAGUAUUCCUGCCCAAGCAGUCACCAUUAGUAGUCACAUUGUUCAGACAGGGCCUCUCAGCUCUUCCCACCACUGCGUGCUGGAUUGUCUGCCACCAGUAGAUGAGAGUUGGCAAAAGGGAUAAAUCAGGAUGAAACAUUUGGGCAUUUUGCAGUUUAGAGAAACUUUGGGGGUGCUGCUUUAGUAAAAAAUGGAAGACUUGCAUUUAUUAAAGGUUAGUAAGAAGUGAAAUCGUGUAUGUAAAAGUACAUUAUAAAUUAGAAAAUGCAGUAAAGGCAGAAACUAUUUAUUUAUUGGUUGUUCUGCACUUUACCUAAGUGGUUUUUGAUCAUUUCACAAUGUAUAAGUGUUGGGUUUUACCUCCAUUUUAUGGAUGUGGAAAUAGGGCUUGGAUGUUAGCUAACUUGCCCAAAUCUUACAGUUAACAGAAAGUGGUACUCCCGAGAUUCCUACCCAGGUUUGUCUGACCUCAGGCCUGUGUUCUUUGUAUGAGUUUGUGCUGACUCCUAGAUGAUGUGCUAGGCACAAAAAUUAGAUAUUACACCAAUUUCCAUUGUAGUUAACAUUCUAUCUAAAUAUAAAGUGGGACCACAGUCUUAGAUGAAUGUGGCUGUUGAGAGUAGCAAUAAUCCAGGAUGGCUACUCUGAUCUGUGUUGAUAAGGAAAAUGGAGAACCAGGCACCCGUGUGGCUGCUAAGGAUGGACUGAAGCUGGGGUCUGGACCUUCAAUCAAAGCCUUAGAUGGGAUAUCUCAAGUUAACACACGUUUUGGCAAAACGUUCACUGCUCCAUCAGCCUUACCUAAAGCUUCCAGAAAGGCUUUGGGAACUGUCAAGAGAGCUACAGAAAAGUCAGUAAAGACCAAUGGACCCAGCAAACAAAAACAGCCAAGCUUUUCUGUCAGAAAGAUGACCGAGAAGACUGUUAAAAAAAAAGCUAUUCCUGCCUCAAAUGACGCGUAUCCAGAAAUAGAAAAAUUCUUUCCCUUCAAUCCUCUAGACUUUGAGAGUUUUGACCUGCCUGAAGAGCGCCAGAUUGCACACCUCCCCUUGAGUGGAGUGCCUCUCAUGAUCCUUGAUGAGGAGGGAGAGCUUGAAAAGCUGUUUCAGCUGGGCCCCCCUUCACCUGUGAAGAUGCCCUCUCCACCAUGGGAAUGCAAUCUGUUGCAAUCUCCUUCUAGCAUUCUGUUGACCCUGGAUGUUGAAUUGCCAGUUGUUUGCUAUGACAUAGAUAUUUAAAUUUCUUAGUGCUUUAGAGUUUGUGUGUAUUUGUAUUAAUAAAGCAUUCUUU